AUGGCGCCCAUUGGUCUUUGGUAUGGCUAUGGAGCAGACGACCAAGAACAUCGACAUCCUGGAAGCCUCAGAGAACUCCCCAGCAUGGCUCCAGUCAAGAGUCCAUUCAUCGGUUCGAUCGCAUCAUUGAAUGAUAUAUCGAGUACCCAGCCCAUUUUCAAGGCCAAUACCCUCUUCUCCAGAGGAAUGCCCGUUCUGUACCGUCGAAACGCCAGCUCUGGGACUGUUGGAAUAGCAGUUGGGCUGACGCUGCUGUGCAUCAUCAUCAUCAGCGGUCUAUUCUACUGUGCUUGGGAGAACACCAGGGCGGAGAAGCGAAGGCAAAUGAAGGAGAGGGAGAAGAGGAAACAAGGACAUCGACAUGAGACACACAUUCGUGGGGGACGUCGUCGACACAGCAAGAAGCACCAUCAUGUUCAUAACCAUGGUGAGCAUCACGACUAUUUCGCCAACCUUUAUAUCCCAGAGCAACACCACGAAAAGCACCAUCACAAAUGCAAAGACCCUCACCAUCGACACAGGCAUUGUCGUCAUAAACAUGCCCACAACCGUCACGAACGAAAGCUAUGGAAGAGGCAUCAUCGCUGUCGUCACAAACACAACAAUCCUCCAAGUCCCAUCAUCAUCGAUGAUUGGGCUCCUCAACGACCUGAACCAAUACUUCAGUCUCCGAUCGCCUUUGUGCCAAAGUACGAUGGUCUACUGAUGAACGAGAUGGAUGCUCCUCAAAUGGGCAGAGACUUUCAGGUUGGAGAUUGCUUUCCUCAAUGUGGCAAGGGUAUAGAUGGAUUCGUCUGUCCUCGUCACGGUGUUGUUCGGGAUGAUAGGAAGUAA